CAGAGCUGAGCUACCUCAUGUCCCGACAGCUAACAGGGAUCUAGCAGAGGGAGGGGACACAGUCAAAGCCAGCCUCUCCGUGUGUAUGAGUUUGUGUGUGAGUGUGUGUGUGUAUGUGUGCGUGUGUAUGUGUGUGCCAGUCACAGACGAGCAGGCACGGCCCCUGCUGCCUCUGCACUCCGGCUUCACCACACUUUUCACCUCUCCUUGCUCCAGCACACAACCCAGGCCAUCAUCGCACUCCUCCACGGCAGGCAACAAGGGAUCGGCAAGGGGGGGAGAGACAGGACCGAGAGGGGGGACGUCAGGCUUCCUGCAGGCCACUUCUUGACAAUCCAAGCGGCUCGUGGACGUUACGUGCAGUCGGGAUGAUUGCGGCUCAGCUCCUGGCCUACUACUUCACCGAGUUGAAGGAUGAUCAACUCAAAAAGAUCGACAAGUACCUCUACUCCAUGCGAUUCUCGGAUGAGACGCUGAAGGACAUCAUGAACCGCUUCCGCAGGGAGAUGGAGAACGGGCUCGGUCAUGACACCAACCCCACCGCCACCGUCAAGAUGCUGCCCACCUUCGUCAGGUCCAUCCCGGACGGUUCAGAAAAGGGGGAUUUCAUUGCUCUGGACCUCGGGGGAUCCUACUUUCGGAUCCUGAGAGUCAAGGUGACGCAGGACAAAAAGCAACCGGUCCAAAUGGAGAGCCAGUCUUAUGAAACCCCAGACAACAUCAUUCAUGGCAGUGGAACACAGCUUUUUGACCAUGUGGCAGAAUGCCUGGGUGACUUUAUGGAGAAACAGAAAAUUAAGGACAAGAAGCUCCCUGUUGGAUUUACAUUCUCUUUUCCUUGCGCCCAAACCAAACUGGAUGAGGCUGUCUUAGUGACAUGGACAAAAAAGUUUAAGGCCAGUGGAGUCGAAGGCAUGGACGUUGUAAAACUCCUUAACAAGGCAAUCAAGAAACGGGGGGACUAUGAGGCAGAUAUCAUGGCAGUGGUGAAUGACACCGUCGGAACCAUGAUGACUUGCGGAUUUGACGACCAGCGCUGCGAAGUGGGCAUCAUCAUAGGAACAGGAACCAAUGCCUGCUACAUGGAGGAAAUGCGUCACAUUGACCAGGUGGAAGGCGACGAGGGACGGAUGUGCAUCAACACUGAGUGGGGGGCCUUUGGGGACGACGGCUCUUUAGAGGACAUUCGCACAGAAUUUGAUCGUGAGAUCGACAGGGGAUCCAUCAACCCAGGAAAGCAGCUCUUUGAAAAGAUGGCCAGCGGCAUGUACAUGGGAGAACUGGUGCGACUCAUUCUGGUCAAGAUGGCCAAAGAGGGUCUGUUGUUUGAGGGCCGGAUAACUCCUGAGCUCUUGACAAAAGGGAAGAUCGAGACCAAGCAUGUUUCUGCCAUUGAAAAGACUAAAGAAGGGCUAAAGAAGUGCAUGGAAAUCCUAACGAGGCUCGGGGUGGAGCCGUCUGAUGAAGACUGUCUGGCUGUGCAGCAUGUGUGCACCAUUGUGUCAUUCCGCUCAGCAAAUCUUAUUUCUGCGACACUGGGGGGCAUCCUCUCUCGCCUUAAAGAAAACAAGGGCGUGGCUCGCCUGCGCACUACCGUGGGCAUCGACGGGUCUCUCUACAAAAUGCACCCGCAGUACGCCCGCCGUUUGCACAAGACGGUGCGGCGCUUGGUCCCGGACUCGGAUGUCCGCUUUCUGCUGUCAGAGAGCGGCAGUGCCAAAGGUGCCGCCAUGGUGACAGCGGUGGCGUACCGAUUGACGGAGCAGGCGAGACAGAUUCAGCAGACCUUAGCCGAGUUCAGGCUCAGCAAAGCCCAGCUGCUGGAAGUGAAGAAGCGGAUGCGGGUGGAGAUUGAAAGAGGCCUGAAGAAGGACACCCACGAGGAAGCAACCGUCAAAAUGUUGCCCACAUAUGUUCGAAGUACACCGGAUGGAACAGAGAAUGGAGAUUUCCUAGCUUUGGAUCUUGGAGGGACAAACUUCCGUGUCCUUCUGGUAAAGAUUCGCAGCGGGAAGCGGCGAUCAGUGGAGAUGCAUAACAAAAUCUACGCCAUUCCCAUAGAAGUCAUGCAGGGUACAGGAGAGGAGCUCUUUGACCACAUCGUGCACUGUAUCUCUGACUUCUUGGACUACAUGGGAAUGAAAAGCGCUCGUCUGCCUCUAGGUUUUACUUUCUCCUUCCCCUGUCAUCAAACCAGUCUGGAUGCAGGAAUACUUGUGACCUGGACCAAAGGUUUCAAAGCCACAGACUGUGAGGGUGAAGAUGUAGUGGAGCUUCUGAGGGAGGCCAUCAAGAGAAAAGAGGAAUUUGAGCUGGAUGUGGUCGCUAUAGUCAAUGACACAGUUGGCACCAUGAUGACCUGCGCGUACGAGGAACCCACCUGUGAGGUGGGUCUGAUUGCAGGGACAGGGAGUAACGCCUGUUACAUGGAGGAGUUGAGGAACAUCGAGAUCGUGGACGGAAACGAAGGCCGCAUGUGUGUCAACAUGGAAUGGGGAGCUUUUGGAGACAACGGCUGCCUGGAUGACAUCAGGACAAAGUACGACCAGGCGGUAGAUGAGAACUCGCUCAACGAAGGCAAACAACGGUAUGAGAAAAUGUGCAGUGGCAUGUACCUCGGAGAGAUUGUCAGACAGAUUUUAAUUGAUCUGACCAAACGUGGAUUCCUUUUCCGGGGACAAAUCUCUGAAACGCUGAAGACCAGAGGGAUCUUCGAGACAAAGUUCCUGUCUCAGAUAGAGAGUGAUCGUCUGGCGCUGCUGCAGGUCAGGGCGAUCCUGCAGCAGCUGGGGCUGGACAGCACCUGUGAUGACAGUAUCAUUGUCAAAGAGGUGUGUGGCACCGUGUCUCGCCGCGCGGCACAGAUCUGCGGAGCCGGCAUGGCCGCCGUGGUGGACAAGAUCCGUGAGAACCGAAAACUGGACCACCUGGACGUGACUGUGGGCGUGGAUGGAACGCUAUACAAGUUGCACCCACACUUCUCUCGGAUCUUCCAUCAAACGGUGAAGGAACUCGCCCCCAAAUGUGACGUCACCUUCCUGCUCUCGGAGGACGGCAGCGGCAAGGGUGCCGCCCUCAUCACUGCUGUGGGCUGCCGUCAGAGGGAGAUGGAGGCUCAGCAGCACUGAGAUGCUGGCCUCACCUCGGAGAAUCGACCUGCUGCUCCAUCGCCACCUUUUCACCAGCCACACAGCCAAUCACCCCCACCAACCCCAAACAGCCGUGACUCCACAUCUGUCCCCUGUCCCCCCAACAGUCAGGGUGCCUUGCCCCAAGCACAGCAUACGAGCACCCGCCUCAAAAUAUUUAUUUAAACUGCACCAGCAGCUUUCUUGUGUUUGUACAUUGUCCUGAAAAUCCUGUCCUAAUCUGAUCUACCUAACCUCCUUAGUUGUGUAAUAUUAGUGUAUUGCUAAUUUUAUUUUUAUAUGGAGGCAAAUAUAUGACUGUAUUUAUAUAGCUGAGGCCACUUUGGAUCGCAGAGGUUACGAGCAUUUUAGACCACAGAAACAAGAAAAUGCCUGCACUUUUUAUAUGAGAAUUAAGGCCCGCGGCUUUCCUAUGUAACUUCUUAAAGCCGGACCUUCUCUCUCACGGAACCAGCAGAGUCGUUUUUACAGGUAGCAACAAGGGCUCGCUGCAGAGACUUUGAAUGCACGAGUCACGGCUGUUCGAUUCAUCCUCAUGACAUCAUGUGCUAAGCUACUGACCUGCUGUCGUGCGUCUGUCCAUGUAUGUCACGUGUUCGAGUAUUCCGGCGGCGGCUCUGAGCAAGCGGGAGGCUUUAGCGUAUAUUUUAGAAGUAUUUGUGAACUACUAAGCUUUGUUGUUGUCGUGAUGAAUCCCGCCUCCACACGUGUAGAGAAUCCAUGCUUACUGGACCCGGCCGGGGAGGAGUGGAACAAUACUGCGAACGCUUUAUUGUGUAUUUGUGACAGGAGUGUACGUGUGUCCGACCUGUAAGCUUUCAAUGUCCAAAGCUCUGUGGAGACUGCAUGCCUUACACUCAGACCAGGGGUCUUUCUGUUUGUUUCACAUGGAUAUAGAUAGAUAUAGAGUUGUGAUGGACACAGUGAAAAGUCAGUUCAUGAUUAAAUUAUAUUUUGUUGUGGA